AGCCCCGAGAUCAUAGGCGCAGUAAAAUGAAGCAUUAUUGUCCUUUGUUUUUAACGAGACGGGCAGAUGCAGCUAGACAGACGGAUAGUUGAUUGAUGGCGCAAAUAAUUUGCAUUGGCGGGUUGAUCACCACAUUGUCUGUCUAGAUAAUGUUAACGUCCAAAACAAUUUAGCGUUAGUAAGCCAGCUAGCUAACUCUGUCCGGGGUUCUCCCGCGAGCUUACUGGAGAAGACUCCAAAAACUUCGCGACCUUGUUUGAGAACAGAAUGUCAAACUGUGGCCUUAGUGUCAGCUGCAGAGUUUUGGAGGAGUUGGCCUCUGAAGCAGGGUCAGAAGACUUAACGUUAGUUCUUGGAGAGUUCUGCAAGGUGUUGGAGGGUGGUUGGCAGAAUCUGUGUGUGCUUCUCCCCUGACACAAUGGCCUUCAAACGGUGGAUACCAUAGCCAAUAAUAUAUUUGGCAUUUCAAAGAUGACAAGGUGUUCGGAGACGCAGAUAGCUAAUUAGCACAGUUGGUCGACUCUGUUUUCCGUAAACAGACGCUGUAACAUGGAAAUAUGGCCGUGUGGGAACCCCAACCCUAUAAAGGUGCUGCAAAGCAGUUUUUACAAAAUGAUGGGAGGCAGUGAGAGUGGCAGUGGAGACAAGGAUGGAGUUCACACUGUGGCAAUACAAGUCCCCAUUGGCUGGCAGAGGAGAGCGAAGGACGGGCUUGUGGUGUAUGUCAGUCCAAGUGGCGCAGUCCUGUCUUCACUGGAAGAGGUUAAGUCAUAUCUGUUGACCGAUGGCACAUGCAAGUGUGGCCUGGAGUGUCCGCUGGUCAUCCACAAGGUGUUUAACUUUAGCCUAGGGGUCAAAAUUCAACAGCACAGCCAGCCGGUGGGGAAGGCAGAGCAGGACAUGACAAAGCUCUGUAACCAUCGGAGGAAAGUGGUUGCCAUGGCAGCGCUCUGUCGCAGUAUGCAGGCUUCACAACUGCCCUAUGUUGCCCAUCACACAGAGGUCACCAGUGGCAUUAUGGAGAACAGAGAUCCUAAGAGGAUGAGAGUGGACAGGGAAGAAAAAGAACGUGGCACUUACACCUCCAAACACCAUCUAGUCCAGUCCAGGCCCAACAAUAACCUCCACCCCAACUCUUGUGGCAGUCCUAAAAAUUCUCCCCAACUUGUGUAUUCUUACAAUGGCUCCUCACCCCUCUCACACAAUAGCACUAACUCUUAUCACACGCCUGAUAUUUUGAGGAGACUGCCACCUCCUCUCAAUCUCCCCCCCAACACCUCUCCAUUCUCCAGCUAUGGGGCACCUCAGAGGUCCCCACGCACACCAACGCCUCAGAACCUCAGUCAGGGUCAGAGGGCACCACAGACUCCAGAAGCCCUCAGAUCUCCUCAUAUGGGGCCCCUCUCUCCCCCUCCUCCCUCCUCCCCUGGGACACUGGGGAGGGGAGGGCAGAGUCAUCAACAUGGUAUCAUCGUUGGGUCUCCCCUGUCCCCCUCAUGUUCCCCCUCUCCCUCUGUGAGUAUGAACUGCCCCUCUCCCCGCCAGCGCUCACGCCACCCCUCCGCCUCUUCCGCUCACUCUGAGCAGGGGGUGGGAGGGGUGGUGCUUGGUGGCUACCCCCCCAGAAGGAUAUCCUCUUCACACUCUCCUAUACCAGGGGGGUCCCCUAUCCUCCAUUUCUCAAAAUACAAGCUUGAGGACAUCUUAGAGCAGUUUAAGAACUCAGGCAACAGUAGCACUAAUAAUCACAUCCUUCACUCAAACUCACUGAGCAACCAAAACAAUCCUCAUAUCCUCUCUCUAGCUCUUGAAAAGGUUGGGAGGCCCACAAAGGCACCUGCUUCUGCCUCAGGCAUGGAGAUCAGUGCUGGUCCUUCUGGUUUGCCUCUUGGACAGUUCUUGAACCACCAGAAGCAACCCCACCCAGCUUCUUUUCCUGCCAGUAGCCUCCUCUCGGCAGCAGCCAAGGCCCAGCUGGCCAGCCAGAUGACUCACAACCAGAGCUCCAAUUCACGCAGCAUCCUCAACUCAGCCCUCUCUUUGGAGGUCUCGAGGGAGUCUAAGCAAUUGAAGGUAACAAACAGCACUUUACACAACAGCCUUCCCUCAAUCGCUAGGCCCCUGCCUGCAGCCUCCCCCCUGCUUUCCCUCUCCCAGCCCCUAGCCUCCAGUCCCCUUCACCUCUCCCGUACGGACCGGACAUCACACAGGAAGCGGCAGCGGCGUUCGCCCACAGUGCUCAGCAUGCUGAAGGAGUCCCAGAUGACCAGUCCCAGAACCCCCGGCGACGUGCUCAACCUCUCCUCACACUCUCAACCCUCCUCUACCUCAGCCUCGCCCUACCCCGCCAUGUUAGAGAACCACCUCCAGGCCCUAAGGCUCUCAGUCCGGCACUCUGGCACACUCGCAGGGCCCCAGAAGCAGCCUGACGGCGCCCUGGAUUUCACAACAAUCAUGGCAGGUCAACCGGAUCCCCCCACCCAGCCUCUCUCUGCUCUGCUUCACCUGCUCAGUGUGCAGAACGCUCAAGCCACUGGAGCCCAGCCCGGCUCUGGACAGUGUACAGGAGGCAUGAGGCAGAGCCCCAGGCAGUCUCCCUCGCCCUCCCAUUUAAACAUCAGACCAUUCCCCAUGCAGUCCCCCACUCAUCACAGUACCACACAAGGCCCAUUACAGCCCCUCUCUCCCUCUCAGUCAAAGUCCAGGCGAGGUAAUGCACAGUCUCCGUCUCGACCACAUACGAGGACCAGUCCCAAACAGAGACGGUCUCCCUCCAUGGCCUUGUCCAACGCUCAGUCAGCACAAUAUCGCAGUAGCCCCUCGCCCACCCCACACACCCCUAAUAGGCUGUGGCAGGCCCAAAACCAACCUAUGGAUGCCACCACCAUCCAGUCACCCAUGGGCCAGGCCUUUCCUGAAGUCAGUGAAUCAAUGGAGAUGGAGAGCAUGUCAACACUAGGCCCUGGUCUCAACAGCACCUCCACCUCCAACCAUAGCAGCAGCGUCACCAGCUACAGCAGCACCACCUCCCCCAGACCCCUGGAUCUCAGUAACCACAUGCUGGCACUGCUGGCAGCCUCUUCCACCACACCUCUUGGGGAGGGGGGCCUGGACAGAACCACCGGCAACAACACUACAGGGGUGCAAGAGCCUCAGAGUGUUGAUCAUCAGGGCUCCACAGUGACCAAACCCCCAGAAGGCUGCAGCCCCCAGGCUCUGGGGGACUCCACUUGCUCCUUACCCCUGGCUGAAGCCUUCCCCUUCAUGAGCCAGGAGCAGCUUCUCCAGCUUCUGUCUGCCACGGCCGGCCUGCCCUCCCUCCUGGACCCCACCAUCCUGGGCUCUCUGCCCCUGGGCCUGUGGAUUGGCGGUCAGCAGGGUCACCUCCCCAUCUCCAACACACCUCAGCAACACCAUCAACUGCCCGAUCAACAACUACUACAACAAUCAGAACAACAACUAUUGUUACAGCAUGAACAUCACCAAGAGCAACAGCAGAAACAACACCAGACUGCCCAUCUGAACCACAACUUUCCAUUUAGCUUAUUCCCCUGUCUAAUGGGAGGUCAGGGAGAGCUGCCUCUGAAUCUCCUGGGUCUGUUGAACCCACUGCUACCCCCUUCUGCUGCACCUACCCCAGGCCAGGAGUGUGAUCUGGGGAUGGGGGAGAAACUGGGCCUCCAGGCUCUCCUCAUGGCCUCCCUGCUACUAGGCCAGCAGCAGACUGCCAUGUUGCCCCUGUCUGGGCUUGGCCAGCUGAGCCUGGACCUUCCCUUCCGGCAGCACAUCCCAGCCCUGUUGGACGGUUUGUCUCUGGAUAAAGGGUCUGGACUCCUGGACCCGUCAUCCCUCCCCGGCCCUGGGCUCCUUGAGGCCCUCCAGGGCCUGCUUCCUCCAGCCGAUGGGCCUCUCCAGGCCCUGCAGUCGCUCCUGCUCUCCACCCCCCUGCCUCCCCCGGCCUUCCUCUCCCUCAGCCCUGAUCUGCUAACUGCUGCCCUGGGCUCUACUGGCCUCCCGCCUGCCCCUCAUCUCCCCCUAACACAGCAACCCCAACAACCCCCACCUCAGGUGUCAGCUUCAGGCCAUGAUGGGGGGAUGGAAACCCUAAUCCCCCUGUCUGUCCAGGGAAAGGACAACCCUGUCCUCCACCAGUUACUGCCUACUCUCCUCAACCCAGGGGUUCUAGGAGACCUGUCUGCUCUGACCAGCCUCCACAGUCUUCUGGGGCUAGGUGCAGGCCCUCUCUUCCUGCCCCCCGUACAGGCCUCUGCCUUGGGCAUGCCUCUGCUCCAGGGCCCUAAUGGGGCCAUCAACCUCCUCAACAACAUCCAGCUCAACAUGGCACCACCCUCAGAGGGAGAAAAGCCAAUCUCCUUACAGGAAACAGACAGCUCCUCCCCUCAGGAGGAUAUUCCAGCCAAUCGGCUUACCCCAGAGACUGCGCCCAGCCCCUGUCCCCCCCUGGCCCCCGUGUCCCAGCGUGGAGAGGGCUCCGUGGUGAGCGUCCUGGACCCCUACGCUUCCUUCAUGGACACUAUCUACACCUCCUUCCUCCAGGUCAGUGCUAAAGAGCAGGAAGCAGUUCAGUCUGGGGCGGAUGCCUUCGGUGCCUUACCGCCCUCCUACCCUGGGGAGCGCCGUUCCCCCUCCGCUCUCCUCCCUCAGGCCAGUGCCCCCCUCUCCCUGAGCCCUCGGCAGGCCUGCACCCUGAGGAACCCGGACCUGUCCCGGCUCAAUAUGGAGGCAGCCCACUCCCCGGCUCAGGGAACCCCUAAACCCAGCAACGAUGGCUCCACCACGCCUCCGCAGAACAAGUUGGAGUUCCCAGAGUGUCACACUAACCCUCCUCUGCUUCCCAUCUACCUGGAGGAAGCCAAGACAGACUCGUACAGCCAGGCUAUGUCAGAUCGGCAGGGGGACAGACCUCAGGCAGGGGGGUACCAGAGUCCUAGAGACGGGAGCAGCUGCCCCAAGGAGGAGACUGGGGGUCUACAGCAUGCGGAGCAGGGCAGGAAUCAAACUGCACAAAUGGGGGGAGCCAGAAGAGGCAGGAAAAGGAAACAAACGCUACAGAAUGUGCUAGAGGACUACAGAGAACUGGAUUCUCCAGCCCUAGAGGAACCUAAACCCAGGGUGGUGCUGCUGAAGCCUGAGAGGUCGGUCCGGGGCAGGAGGCGGCGGGGAGCUAGGUCCCAGAGACAGUGACAGGAGCAGGUUCACCCCAACCCCACCCCUAUCACUGCUUUUUAUUGUCCAAGCUCCCCCACUCUGUUUUUCAACUGCACUAAUAUAUUGUCAUGCCAACCUCUUACCUUUUGAAUGGGAGUGAUCUAGAUGAAAAAAUGAAAAAUAGUUAUGUGGAUGCUUUCACUUAGGUCCUCUUAAGUCUGUGUGGUUGCUUGACGUUGUGAUUGAUUGAGAUCCAUUAUGAUGUAAGUGUUAGAAUUAUGUCUACAAAAAACUGCACUGUUUUUCAGUGUGUUUACUGUGAGUCAGGAUAAGAGUAUCUACUUGAAUGACCUACAUUUGCGCUCUGUUUGAGAUUGUAUGAUGUCUGUGUGCGUGUGGAUUGUGUACAUUUGGGUGUUCAAGAUGCUCAAGGUAGAAGUUGCCCCUGACCACAGAUCUAGAAUCAGAUUACCUGGGGGGGGGGUUGUGUGUGUAUCACCAAGCAGAUGAGUUAGCCAGCUAAGUGUACUGCCUAAAUAAUCUGAAGUCACAUUUUCAAGUUCAUAAAGAUAGAUGUGAAAUUGGCAAGACUCGACACUUCCGACAACCCACAUUCAAGAUAAGCUUUCUUAUAGAACCUUGCUCUAUAUAGUGAUCAUGCUUUGUGAUACACCCCUCUGUAUGUUCUCUGUGGUGUGUUUAGUAAACGAUGCACAUUUCAAUUAGGUCUUUUCACAGGGGAAUGGCUGAUGAAAAAGUGUGAGAUAUGUGUGGGUUUUUAACUCAAUGUAUUUUUGGGUGGGAUGUAGUUGUACUUUCUCUAAUUGUCCUUCAGAUCGCUGUGCUAUACACUAUUACAGCCCAGUAAUGCUGGCAUGUCUUAUUUAAAUGAAAAGAAGCAGAUUAUGCAAUUUCUACACUUGGAGAUUUGUAAAUAUGUACAGUUAAUGUGUUUUAUUUUAUAUUGUUAGAGACAAUGAAUUGUGAAUUUUCGGGGAAUUGUAAUUAAGUAUUUUCUCAUUCUACCCUUGCUUUCAAUACUUAUGUUAAAAGAAUAUUAAAUUGUUGACUGUAGCUUUCUUUUUA